UUCAAAUCACGUUUGCUGAUUCGUUCACCGAUGGAUUGGCCUGAAAUUUUUACUGAGUGUUUCAUAGUUUAUUUUAACGGUGGAGAUUGAAUCUGAAGUUCCGCAGCAUCAUAUUUCGAUCCCAGAACAGCAGUUCCGUUUCGGGUUUGCCUCUUUUCGACUUAAUAACACAAUGUUGGCGAGGAAGCAAAAGGCUUACACCCUUUUGGAAGCUGAUGAUGAUGAAUACAAUGAUGCUGGUGAGAAAAGUAGUUUGGCUACCCGUAAAAAGAAGUACAGGAAGAGGGUUGAAAUCCAGGACGAUGAAGAUGACAAGGUUGCCAGGAAUAGGAGACGAACUUCAAGAGAUCAAGAUGACCGUGACAACUCUGAGUCGGAAGAAGUAAUUCUUCGGGACCAAAGAGAGAGAGAGGAGUUGGAACGACACAUUAGAGAACGUGAUGCUGCCGGGACUAGAAAGUUGGCACAGCCAAAAUUAUCGAGGAAGGAGGAAGAAAAGGCAAUCAGGAGGGCUGAUGCGUUGGACCGAGAUGACAUUGCAAAUUUGAGGAAAGUUUCGAGACGAGAAUACUUGAAGAAAAGGCAGGAAAAGAAGCUUGAGGAACUCAGAGAUGAAAUCGAAGACGGGCAGUACUUGUUUGAGGGAGUGAAGUUGACAGAAGCAGAGAGACGCGAACUAACUCAUAAGCAAAAUAUAUAUGAACUAGUUAAGAAGAAAUCAGAAGAUACUGAUGAUGACAUGGGCGAGUAUAGGAUGCCUGAUGCCUAUGAUCAUGAAAGUGGCGUAAAUCAGAAAAAGAGAUUUUCCGUGGCUUCGCAGCGUGACAGGGAUCUAGAUGCUGCUGGAAAGACGAAACCUUUCGCAGAACAAGAAGCAUGGGAAAAACAUCAAAUUGCAAAAGCUACACUUAAAUAUGGGUCAAAAAAUAUAAAGCCAAGAUCUGAUGAAUAUAAAUUCAUGUUCGAAAACCAAAUUGAGUUCAUAAAGGCAGCAGUAAUGGAUGGUGUUAAUGUUGAUCAAAAGCCUCCCAUUGAAUCAAUAGAGAAAUCUAUGGCUAAAUCAGCAUUUGGGAAACUUCAGGAAGAUAGGAAGACACUACCAAUUUAUCACUACAGGGAUGAUCUGCUCCAAGCUAUUAACGAUCAUCAGGUUCUUGUGAUUGUUGGAGAAACAGGCUCAGGGAAAACCACACAGAUACCACAGUAUCUACACGAGGCAGGGUAUACUAAACGUGGGAAGAUUGGAUGUACUCAACCUCGUCGAGUUGCUGCAAUGAGUGUUGCUGCACGUGUGUCUCAAGAAAUGGGAGUCAAACUCGGCAAUGAGGUUGGCUACUCCAUUCGGUUCGAAGAUUGCACUUCUGAGAAAACGAUUCUGAAAUAUAUGACCGAUGGAAUGCUUCUACGAGAAUUCCUUGGUGAGCCUGAUCUAGCCAGCUACAGUGUCAUUAUGGUUGACGAGGCUCACGAAAGAACACUUUCGACUGACAUUUUGUUUGGGUUAGUAAAGGAUAUUGCCCGAUUUCGGCCUGAUCUGAAGUUGCUUAUAUCAAGUGCCACUCUAGAUGCAGAGAAGUUCAGCGAUUAUUUUGACUGUGCACCAAUUUUUAAAAUUCCUGGAAGACGGUUUCCAGUUGAGAUACACUAUACGAAAGUGCCAGAGGCGGAUUAUAUGGAUGCAGCAGUAGUAACCGCUCUUCAGAUCCAUGUAACUCAACCACCAGGCGAUAUAUUAAUCUUUUUGACUGGGCAGGAGGAGAUAGAAACAGCGGAGGAGAUCAUUAAGCAUCGGAUACGGGGUCUAGGGACGAAGAUUGCUGAGCUGAUAAUUUGCCCGAUAUAUGCAAACCUGCCAACAGAAUUACAAACUAAGAUAUUUGAGCCCACUCCUGAAGGGGCUCGUAAGGUUGUCCUGGCUACAAAUAUUGCUGAAACAUCACUGACAAUCGAUGGGAUUAAAUACGUUAUUGAUCCAGGAUUUUCUAAGAUGAAGUCUUACAACCCUCGGACGGGGAUGGAGUCCUUACAGGUCACUCCUAUAUCUAAGGCAUCUGCCAACCAACGGGCUGGUCGAUCUGGAAGAACGGGUCCUGGAAAGUGCUUUCGGUUAUACACUGCACAUAACUACAUGAAUGAUUUGGAAGAUAUCACAGUCCCAGAAAUACAAAGGACCAACCUUGCAAAUGCUGUGCUCUCUCUGAAGAGCCUUGGUAUUGGGACUAUGGACUUGAUGAAUUUCGACUUCAUGGACCCCCCACCAUCAGAAGCUCUACUUACAGCACUGGAACUGCUCUUUGCCCUUGGUGCCCUUAAUAAGCUUGGCGAGUUAACAACAACAGGUAGAAAAAUGGCCGAGUUUCCACUAGAUCCGAUGCUGUCCAAGACAAUCGUUGCCUCCGACAAAUACAAGUGUUCUGAUGAAAUAAUAAGUAUUGCUGCAAUGCUUUCUGUGGGGAAUUCAAUCUUCUAUCGUCCAAAGGACAAACAAGUCCACGCGGACAAUGCAUGGAUGAAUUUUCACACGGGCAACGUGGGAGAUCAUAUCGCGCUGCUAAGGGUCUACAAUUCCUCGAAGGAGGCAAACUUUUCAACAGAUUGGUGCUAUGAGAAUUACAUCCAGGUCAGAAGCAUGAAGAGAGCUAGGGAUAUUCGAGAUCAAUUGAAAGGCCUGCUGGAAAGGGUGGAAAUUGAGUUGACUUCAAAUGUGAACGACUUGGAAGCUAUAAAGAAGUGUUUAACAUCAGGAUUUUUCACACACUCAGCGAGACUACAAAAGGCUGGAACUUAUCGAACUGUUAAACAUCCCCAAACAGUUAACAUUCACCCAAGCUCAGGUUUAGUGCAGUCGCUUCCUAGAUGGGUCGUCUACCAUGAGCUAGUCUUGACGAGUAAGGAGUACAUGCGACAGGUUACUGAACUGAAACCGGAAUGGCUUGUAGAAAUAGCUCCUCACUACUAUCAGUUGAAGGAUAUUGAAGACUCUAGCUCAAAGAAAAUGCCUCGCGGAAUUGGUCGGGUAUCUUAGGAUCAACUUCUAUCUUUGCAAAAGAA